AUGGAUUCGCGUCAGGCCCUAGCUUUUAUAAUUGCGCAUAAUAUUGUACAAAAACGGAAGCUAAAAGAAAAAAGAAAAAAGAAAUGUUGGGUUAGGAAAUGGGUGGACCGUCGAAGUGACUUGGGAGCCGCUUCAAAUCUUGUAAAUGAGCUUCGGUUGGAGGAUGCACAGCAGUUUAAAAAUUUUAUUCGGAUGUCUGCAGUGCAAUUUGAAAUGCUUUUGGAUUUAAUAAAACACCAGAUUGUCAAGCAAGAUACACAAUUGCGUGAAGCGAUUCCUGUUCAUGACAGAUUAAUGGUCACCCUCCGUUUUUUGGCUUCAGGAGAUGCUUACAGUAGUUUGCAAUACCUUUUCCGCAUUCCACCUUGUACAAUUGGAAGAAUAGUUUUCGAAGUAUGCCAAGCUAUUUAUGAUAAUUUAAAGGAAAAAUAUUUAAAGUGUCCUUCUAGCACAGAAGAAUUGAAGAAAUGUGCAAAUCAAUUUGCAUUAAAAUGGCAAUUCCCACAUUGCUUUGGAGCAAUUGACGGCAAACAUAUUACAAUAGUGGCUCCACAAAAUAGUGGAAGCCUUUACUAUAACUAUAAGAAUACACACAGCAUUGUUUUGAUGGGAGUUGCAGAUGCCAAUUAUAAAUUAAUUUAUGUUGAUGUUGGAUGCAAUGGUAGAAUUUCUGACGGAGGGGUAUUCAAUAACUGCUCCCUACACGAUGCUUUGGAAAGCAAACAGUUAACUCUUCCCGAACCAGAAGCACUACCUCAAAGACAUUUGCCAGUUCCAUACAUAAUGGUAGCAGAUGAUGCCUUUGCUAUGACGUCAUACAUUUUAAAGCCCUAUGGGUUCCGAAAUCAACCUGCGCCGAACCGAAUUUUUAACUAUAGACUAAGCAGGGCUCGCCGUAUUAUAGAAAAUGUAUUUGGCAUUAUGUCCAGUAAAUUCAGAAUCCUCCGUAAACCAAUACAUUUAGCGCCUCACAAAGUAAAAUAUGUUACUCUGGCAACAUGUGCAUUGCAUAACUUUUUGAUUUCUACAUCAAAUUAUUAUUUGUGCCCAAGUUCGGUUGAUUCGGAAAAUCCUAUUACUCGUGAAAUUGUAAAUGGCGAAUGGCGAAAUGAACUUCAACCAGAAGGAACAUUGUUUCCACUAGAAAGGGGACGGCAGCGGAAUUAUUCAAUAUCUCAAAAAGAUGUGAGAGACGAAUUUAGAGAAUAUUUUAUGACAACUGCUGGUGAGGUUCAAUGGCAAUAUCAAUUCAUAUGUUGA